AUGCGUUAUAUUUUUAUUUGGAAGUAUGUUUUUUCUCUUUUUCUUUUUCUUUUUCAUUUUUUUUUCUUUCUUUUUAAGUUGUUCUUUUUUUUCGUCUUCUUUUUCUUUUCCAUUGAUUUUCAUUUAUCUAUUUUUCUUCAUUCUUUCCGUAUGGCAAAGUUUUUCACUUUUUUCUUCCUUUUGUAUUUUUGUUACAUUAAUAUUUCUGUUUCCCGGUUCUCUCUUUUACUCCGGUUCUUUCUUUCUUUCUUUCUUUCUUUUUUCUUUCUUUCUUUCUUUCUUUCUUUUGUUUGUAAUUGGCUCUUUUUUCUUUUGUUUCUAAUUCUUUCUUUUGUUUCUAAUUCUUUCCUUCUUUUUUCUUUCUUUCUUUCUUUCUUUCUUUUCCUUUGUUCUUUCCUUUCAGCUAAUUACUUUCUUUUCACCAACUUUUUUCUUUCUUUUCCCAACUUUCGUUCUUUCUUUUCAACUGCUUUCUUUCUUUCUUUCUUUCUUUCUUUCUUUCUUUCUUUAUAUCAUCAAAUUUCUUUCUUAUUCUUUCGCCUCGCAUUUUCCACGUUUAUUCUUUGCUUUUCCUGGCUUGAUUUUUCUGCUUUUCUCAGUUUUUCUAUUUCUUACUUUUUUCUUUCCUUUAUUCUUUUUCAUUCUUUUCAUCGUUCUUUUACUUCUAUCUUUAUUUCUAUUUCCUUCUCGCUCAUUCAUGUUUUCCUUCAUUUUUUUCUUUAUUUCUUUCUUUUUCUCUAUUCCGUUCACUCUCAUCUUCCUUCUUUGUUUUCAUUCUUUUUCGAUUUUCUUCAGUCAAAUAUUUCCUUGUCAUUUCCGUUCUCAUUUUGUUCUUUCAUUUUUUUCUUAUAUUUUUUCUUUCUUUUAAUUAUUCUUUCAUUCAUUCUCUCUUUCUAUACUUUCCUUUCUUUUUCUCAUUCUUAUAUUUUCUCGUUUUUUUUCCUUUCUUCUUAUAUUUUUCCUUUCUUUCUUUUACUUUCUUUCUUUUUUUUAUUUCUUCUUUCUUUCUUUCUCUUUUUCUUUUUCAUCUUUCUUUCCUUUUCCUUUCAGUUCCUUUGUUUUAAUUUCUAUUCUUUCCGCCGUUCUUUCAUAUUAUUUCUUUCUUCACUCUUUCAUUCAGUUUUGCCUUCCUUCCUUCCUUCCUUUCUUUCUUUCUUUCUUUCUCUCUUUCUUUCUUUCUUUCUUUCUUUCUUCAUGUCUUCCUCGCUAUUUUUAUCCUUUUCUCGCACAUUUUCCUUCCUUCUUUCUUUCUUUCUUUCUUUCUUUCUUUCUUUCUUUCUUUCUGUCUGUCUUCCUCGCUAUUUCUAUCCUUUUCUCGAGCAUUUUCUUUCUUUGUUUCUUUUGUUCUUUCUUUCUUCUUUCUUUUUUUUUCUUUCUGUCUUCCUCGCUAUUUCUAUCCUUUUCUCUCACAUUUUCUUUCUUUCUUUCUUUUUUUAUUUCUUUCUUUCUUCAUUCUCUCUUAUAUUUUCGCCUUUCUUUCUUUUUUUCUUUCUUUCUUUCUUUCUUUCUUAUAUGUUCGCUUUUCUUUCUUUCUUUCUUUCUUUCUCACAUUUAGACUACUCUAUAAAAUGUCUUUCUUUGGUUGGAUUCCCUUCUUUAUUUCGUUCUCUUUCUCUUUCGCUUUCAUUCCCGAAGAUCUUCUUUUCGCCUCCAUUUUCUUCUUUUUUCUUUACCACCUCCGCCUAUUGCAAGAUUCCCACCCCCCUCGCCACCGGAGCUUAUCCUCCAACGUCUUUCACCGGAGCCAGUCUCCUUUCAUCUAAAACUCUUUCGUCAUUCAACUUCUUUAUCAUCGUAAUGCUUCCUUUUUUUUUCUUCCUCCGUAUUUCUUUAACUCUUUUUUUUUCGGUUUCAUUGUUCUUACAGAACGCCAGUAAUGCCUCACCGGAAGCGCGUUCAGUCACAUCCGGGUACAGAUCUCGAUUCGAAAGUCGGCUCCUAAUGGAUGGUAGAAUUUUUACAAAAUAUCGCUCGUCUUUUACACGGCGUUCACCCAUUUCUCCUUUUCGCUCCCGCACCGCCUGGGAAACCCGGCCUCCACCUACCCCGCCACCGCAUAUCCCCCUUUAUCCCCCCCUCUUUUCACUUUUGUUUACUGGUGGCUUCACCUUUUAUUUUUCAUUUUGCAUUGAAAGAAAUGAUAGAAAAAAAUAA